UGUGUGACCAGAGACGCAGUCACAUGGUGGCAUUUGCACUGACAGACAGACGGGGACCGUUCUCACGCCUCCUCUACAUCUAUCUAUCCAUCUAUUAAAGUCUCCUUUUGAUGCCUGCAAACUUUGUUACCAGUUAUUGAAGGGAGGAAUGAAAAAGAUGUUCUCCUCCGUUUAUCUUCUUCUUCUUCUUCUCCUUGUUCUACGCAGUGCUGCGGCAGCAGCUGCUCCAGCUCCAGCUCCAAAUGUAGGCUUUGGUUACAAGCUGGUGUCAUUGGAGCAGUGCACGAAUGGCGGGGGGCUGAUAGGGUACCUCCAAGUCAAGCACAGCACCUCCACCUAUGGCCCUGAUGUGCCUCGUCUCAGGCUCUUUGUCAAGCACGAGAGCCAUGAUCGGUUGAGAGUUCACAUCACCGACGCCGACGAGCCGCGAUGGGAGGUCCCUUACGACCUGCUCCCGCGGGAGGCUCCCCCUCCGCUGCGCUUGAAGCCUUCCACCGCCCCUUUCACCGCCUACGAGUACGCCGGCGACGAGCUCCUCUUCGCCUUCACCGCCGACCCCUUCUCCUUCGCCGUGAAGCGCAAGACCACCGGGCGCACGCUGUUCGACUCCAGCGCCGGCGCGCUGGUCUUCAAGGACCAGUACCUGGAGGUCUCCACCCGGCUGCCGGCGGACGCGGCCCUGUACGGACUGGGCGAGAACACGCAGCCCGCCGGCAUCCGCCUCCGACCCGGCGACCCCUACACGCUCUACACCACUGACAUAUCGGCCAUCAAUCUCAACACCGACCUCUACGGCGCGCACCCCAUGUAUAUGGACCUGAGGAAGGAGGGCGGGCGCGGGGCCGAGGCGCACGCGGUGCUGCUGCUCAACAGCAAUGCCAUGGAUGUCUUUUAUCGAGGGAGCUCGCUCACCUACAAGGUCAUCGGCGGCGUGCUCGAUUUCUACUUCUUCGCCGGCCCGACGCCGCUCGCCAUCGUCGACCAGUACACUGCUCUCGUCGGACGCCCUGCUCCCAUGCCCUACUGGGCUCUAGGGUUUCACCAAUGCCGCUGGGGUUACCAGAAUCUUUCGGUGGUGGAAGGCGUUGUCGAGGGUUACAAGAAGGCUCAGAUUCCGCUAGAUGUGAUAUGGAACGACGACGACCACAUGGACGCCGCCAAGGACUUCACCCUCGACCCCGUCAACUACCCGCGCCCCAAGCUCCUCAACUUCCUCAACAAAAUUCACUCCGCCGGCAUGAAGUACAUCGUCCUCAUCGACCCCGGCAUCGCCAUCAACUCCACCUACGGCGUGUUCCAGCGCGGCAUGGCUAAGGACGUCUUCAUCAAGUACAAAGGCAAACCCUAUCUGGCCCAGGUGUGGCCUGGCCCUGUCUACUUCCCCGACUUCCUCAACCCGGCCGGCGUCGCCUGGUGGAUCGACGAGAUCUCCCGGUUCCGCGACCUCGUCCCGGUUGAUGGCCUCUGGAUCGACAUGAACGAGGCCUCCAACUUCUGCAGCGGCGAGUGCCAUAUCCCCACUAACCACUCGUGUCCGAUUCCCGGCUCCACCACGCCGUGGGUUUGCUGCUUGGAUUGCAAGAACAUCACGAACACAAAAUGGGACGAUCCCCCUUACAAAAUCAACGCCUCCGGGGCUACUGCUCCUUUGGGGUUCAAGACCAUCGCCACCGGCGCGACGCACUACAAAGGGAUCCUCGAGUACAACGCGCACAGCCUCUACGGCUUCUCGCAAACGAUCGCAACCCACCAGGCUCUCCAGGGGCUGCAGGGGAAGCGCCCCUUCAUCCUCACCCGGUCGACCUUCGUCGGCUCGGGGGCUUACGCCGCUCACUGGACCGGUGACAACAAGGGGACGUGGGAGGACUUGCGCUACUCCAUAUCAACCAUGUUGAACUUUGGGCUGUUCGGGAUGCCGAUGGUCGGCUCCGAUAUCUGCGGUUUCUACCCUGCGCCGACGGAGGAGCUCUGCAAUCGCUGGAUCGAGCUGGGCGCGUUCUACCCUUUCUCGAGAGACCACGCCAACUUCGCCUCGCCGAGGCAGGAGCUGUACCAGUGGCAGACCGUGGCGGAGUCCGCGAGGAACGCCUUGGGCUUGAGGUACAAAUUGCUCCCGUACCUGUACACGUUGAACUACGAAGCGCACACCACCGGCGCGCCCAUGGCGCGACCGCUCUUCUUCUCCUUCCCAGACUUCACCGCCAGCUACGGCCUCAGCACCCAAUUCCUGCUCGGGCGCAGCGUCCUGGUUUCUCCUGUGCUCGAGCAGGGCGCGACCUCCGUCGACGCGGUCUUCCCGCCGGGCUCCUGGUACAACCUCUUCGACACGACCAAGGCGGUGGUCUCCCAAGCCGACCGCUAUACCACAACCCUUCCUGCCGGCCUCAGCGAGGUCAACGUGCACGUGUACGAGGGCACCAUCCUGCCGAUGCAGAGAGGCGGCAUGGUGUCGAAGGAGGCCAGGUCGACGCCGUUCACACUAGUCGUCACCUUCCCGUUGAACGCCACGGCGAGGGACGCCAAAGGCGCUGUGUACGUGGACGACGACGAGCGGCCGGAGAUGAGGUUGGUGGAAGGGCAGGCAACGUACGUGACCUUCUACGCUUCUGUUCGCGGGAGGACGGCGAGGGUAUGGUCGGAAGUAAAAGAAGGAACCUUCAGCUUGCAGCAGGCACUGGUGAUUGAAAAGGUGAGCGUGGUGGGUCUGCAGGGCAGCGCGCAGGGGCUUUCAGUUGAGGUGGAGGGGCGGCCAUCGGCCAGCGCUUCCGGUGCGUGGUUCGGCGAGGUGCGUCCUCUGCACCAGGAGGAAGAGAGCAGUAGCGUGAGGACAAGCAUGACGAUGGAGGUGGGAGGUCUGUCCUUGCCUCUGGGGAAGAACUUCUCUAUGACAUGGGAGAUGGGGAUCAAGCAUUAAUCAAUCAACCAGAACCAGUUCGAUUCGAAGAACAAAUUGGACGAUAGAAAUCAAUGAUUUUAGUGUUUGGACUGGCAAAGAAGAACAACUCAGUCAGAAUUGUCCCCAAAAAAAACUUAUUUACUUAGCAUUUUAUCCACUGCA